AAGAGUUUGCACCAUUGCGUGGCCUCGUUCUGACUUGUUCUGCCUCAGUGAGCAAAGGAACAGUGUUAAUUGCUGACUUUACAGUGUUUGACGGUGCAAGAGUUUUUCUUUUCUUAAAAAGAUUUUAUUUAUUUAUUUAUUUAUUCGACAGCGAGCGAGUGAGCGGUGCGCGCCAGGCAGAGAGGGAGCGCGAGCGGGGAGAGCGGGGAGCCCCGUGGGGCUCCAUCCCAGGACCUGAGCCUCAGGCAUUGCCUAAGGACUGAGCCACCCAGGUGCCCUGAAAAAACGUUUUCACUGGUGCUGUUUUAUCUGAUAACCAAAGGCUUUUGGUUAAUUCUUUCCCUGCUGUCCUGUCACAGACACUUGGCGGUACACUUUAGUAGUACUGCUUUUUCAGUGCUGUCAUCUUGAGGAAUAAUUGACACUUGUUUUAUUUACUUAUUUUUUCCCCUGAAGUAAGCGCUACGCUGAUGUGGGGCUUGAGCUCAUGACCUUGCAUAUGACAAGGCGAGCUAGGGGAGCUGGGGAAGGGGUGAGAGAGGGAGGAUGCGAGAGUCUGGAGCCACUCCCAGCCCAGCUGGGAGCUGACGCGGGGCUCCAUCCCAGGACCCUGCGAUCACGACCGGAGCCCAAGGCACAGGCUUCAACCCACUGAGCCACCCAGGCGCCCCCUCCCCGUCACUUUUAAUAGGAGUUUCAUAUGAAUCAGGUUUUCAUAGAGUACUAAAAUUUUUUUUCUAGUUGGCUUCAAGGGACCCUCAGAAACAAAGCACCAAAAUGUGAUGGUAUUUGACAUUUUUAUAAAUUUAGUAUAACCAUUAUUUCUCACCUUUCCCAGCCUGAGAAUUUGCUAGAAAUUCGUACUGCCAGCCAGUGACUGGAAAAUUCUCCCUGCAUCCCUGGCUCUCUCCCAGAGCACGUUUCCGUAUUACGUCUUUGGAGAGUCCUUUCUGUCUGUGGAAACAGUGUUCUUGAUGUUACAGUGUUGCACGUCCGCCAGGGACAACUUUCCUUCUCAUACUUUGUGAUUCACUUUUUCACAAGAGAUCACAAAUACAGGAGUUUCUGUUUGAUGAGUAUUUCCACGCAGAUGCUCAGGUGUGAUGACCGUACCCUGUGCCUUGACUUAAGGGGACGCCCUGCCACGUAGCGGCGCUGGGCGUGUGUCCUGAGCCACGGGUCAGGCCGAGGAAGGAGUCUUGUCUUCCUGGGUCUUGUGCCUCAGGUGGUAUUGCUGUUGGUGUCAUGAUUUUCCAGAAGCGGUUGUGCAGCUCUUGAUGGAGUUCCCGUUCUCGUCUGGGAGCACCGCGCUUCAUUCGGUGGGAAAUGUGCAUGGGCUCACCUGUGAUCUGUGCCAGCCAGACUGCGGGGUCAUGGUCGGGCCCCCACAGCCCGGCGCUGACGUGGCCCAGCAGUUCCAGUACGCCGUGCGCGUCAUCGGCAGCAACUUCGCCCCGACGGUCGAGAGAGACGAAUUUCUUGUAGCGGAAAAAAUCAAGAAAGAACUUAUCCGGCAAAGACGAGAGGCGGAUGCUGCCUUGUUCUCGGAGCUGCAUAGGAAGUUACACUCACAGGGAGUUUUGAAAAAUAAAUGGUCCAUUCUCUACCUCUUGCUAAGCCUUAGUGAAGAUCCGCGCAAGCAGCCGAACAAGGUUUCCACCUACGCCGCGUUAUUUGCCCAGGCGUUGCCAAGAGAUGCUCACUCGACUCCCUGCUACUACGCCAGGCCUCAGACGCUGCCGCUGAGCUACCAGGAUCGCAGCACCCCGUCGGCCCCGAGCGCCGGCAGCCUGGGAAGCAGCGGCGUCAGCAGCAUAAGUGUGUACGCCUUAAACGGCCCGACCCCAGCGCCACAGGGUCUCCUUCCAGGACAGCCUCAUCACGCGCCCGGAGUAGGGGACGGUCUGCGGCAGCAGUUGGGGUCACGUGUCGCGUGGACUCUGACUGCAAACCAGCCUUCUUCACAAACCACUACCUCAAAAGGUCUCCCGAGCGCGGUUUCUCGCAACAUGACAAGACCAAGGAGGGAAGGGGACGCAGGUGGUGCUGCGGAAGUGACCGAGGCAGCGCUCGUCAGAGACAUCCUGUACGUCUUCCAGGGCAUAGACGGCAAGAACAUCAAGAUGAGCAGCGCGGAGAACUGCUACAAAGUGGAGGCCAAGGCAAACCUAAGUAGAUCUUUGAGGGAUACGGCAGUGAGACUUGGGGAGUUGGGAUGGUUACACAAUAAAAUCAGAAAAUACACCGACCAGAGGAGUCUAGACCGCUCAUUUGGACUUGUGGGUCAGAGUUUCUGUGCUGCCUUGCAUCAGGAGCUGAAGGAGUACUACCGGCUGCUCUCUGUUCUCCAUUCCCAGCUGCAGUUAGAGGACGACCAGGGUGUGAACUUGGGCCUCGAGAGUAGCCUGACCCUCCGGCGCCUGCUGGUUUGGACGUACGACCCCAAGAUAAGACUGAAGACUCUGGCGGCCCUGGUGGACCAUUGCCAAGGAAGGAAAGGGGGUGAGCUGGCCUCCGCCGUGCACGCGUACACGAAGACAGGAGACCCGUACGUGAGGUCGCUGGUGCGGCACAUCCUCAGCCUGGUGUCCCACCCCGUGCUGAGUUUCCUGUACCGCUGGAUCUACGACGGGGAGCUCGAGGACACGUACCACGAAUUUUUUGUAGCCUCCGACCCAGCGGUGAAGACAGACCGCCUGUGGCAGGACAAGUACACCUUGCGGAAAUCCAUGAUUCCCUCCUUCAUCACGAUGGACCAGUCCAGAAAGGUCCUUUUGAUAGGAAAGUCAAUAAAUUUCCUGCACCAGGUCUGUCAUGACCAGACGCCCACCGCAAAGAUGAUAGCAGUGACCAAGUCUGCAGACUCCCCCCAGGAUGCUACAGAUUUGUUCACAGAUCUGGAGAACGCGUUUCGGGGGAAAAUCGACGCGGCCUACUUUGAGACCAGCAAGUACCUGUUGGACGUCCUGAACAAGAGGUACAGCCUGCUGGACCACAUGCAGGCCAUGAGGCGGUACCUGCUGCUCGGACAGGGCGACUUCAUACGACACCUGAUGGACCUUCUCAAACCGGAACUUGUCCGUCCAGCUACAACUUUGUAUCAACACAACUUGACUGGAAUUCUUGAAACAGCCGUCAGAGCCACCAACGCCCAGUUUGACAGCCCCGAGAUCCUCCGGAGGCUGGAUGUGAGGCUGCUCGAGGUCUCUCCAGGUGACACCGGGUGGGACGUGUUCAGCCUGGACUACCACGUCGAUGGGCCCAUCGCAACGGUGUUUACGCGCGAGUGUAUGAGCCACUACCUGCGGGUGUUUAACUUCCUGUGGAGGGCCAAGCGGAUGGAGUACAUCCUGACCGACAUCCGGAAGGGCCACAUGUGCAACGCCAAGCUCCUGAGAAACAUGCCCGAGUUCUCCGGGGUGCUGCACCACUGCCACAUUCUGGCUUCCGAGAUGGUCCAUUUCAUCCACCAGAUGCAGUACUACAUCACGUUCGAGGUGCUGGAAUGUUCCUGGGAUGAGCUCUGGAACAAAGUGCAGCAGGCCCAAGACUUGGACCACAUCAUUGCGGCGCACGAGGGCUUCCUGGACACCAUCAUCUCCCGCUGUCUGCUGGACGCCGACUCCAGAGCACUUCUAAACCAGCUCAGAGCCGUGUUUGACCAGAUCAUCGAGCUCCAGAACGCGCAGGACACCAUAUACAGAGCCGCGCUGGGGGAGCUGCAGAGGCGACUGCAGUUUGAAGAGAAGAGGAAGCAGCGUGAGGCCGAGGGCCAGUGGGGAGUGACAGCCGCGGAGGAGGAGGAGGAGAACAAGAGGGUUCAAGAGUUCCGAGAAUCGAUCCCGAAGAUGUGCUCGCAGCUGCGGAUUUUGACCCACUUCUACCAGGGCGUCGUGCGGCAGUUUCUGGUGUUGCUGACGACCAGCUCCGAUGAAAGCCUUCGGUUUCUCAGCUUCAGGCUGGACUUCAACGAGCACUACGAAGCCCGAGAGCCGAGACUCCGGGUGUCUCUGGGUUCCCGAGGGCGGCGCGGCUCCCACACGUGAACCCUUCCCUGUCCUCAGGGAGCCGCCUGCACUGGGCACUGCAUUCCGAGACCAACACAUUCAGAUCCUCAAGGCCACCGGCAUGUCCGCCUGUCCUGCCCACGUGUCCUUCAGUAUUCUCGAUGGCGUCUGCAGAGUCCAAUCCUGUUCUCCUACAGCCAAGGCGAAUAUAUUGUAACCUCACCAGUUACGAUGCUGGUUUGCACUAUUCGGGUUUAUUUUUUGAAGUCGUCAUAGUAGAGACACACCACACUUGGUUGAGGCUUCUGAAGCUCUUCGCGAUAUAAUUUAUAUUUGUCACUUUCUAAAAACUCACAGUUGCUUUUAGAGAAAAUUAGAGCGAAUGGAUGUUCAUCAGUUAAGACGGUGAUGUCAUUGCUAUUUUUUUAACCUCCUCUUUAGAGGGAUUUUUUGUUACAUAAUCUAAUUAAAUUGAAACAGAAUGUCCCUACUAAGAAAAUAUAUAGAGCAUUUUAUUUUGGUUUGUAGUGUGUAAAAUAUUAACCUCUGUAAGAACGCUUAUUCUUCUUUCAAAGUUUACAUUUUUAUAUUUAAUUUACUCCUUCAGAUAACUUCUAAACUAGUGUAGGCCCAGUUUAGUGGGGGGGGCAUGAACUGGACGCCCACGAGCCUCCAUUUCCAUCUGUCGGCCGAAGCGACAUGUAAAUACGGAUGACUAGAAAGUUAACCAACUAUUUUAUUUUCGAAUUCUGAUAAGCAUUGGGAAGAAACUGACUUGAAUAAUGAAGAUUUCCUUUCUCCUUGCCUAUUUUUUCAUUGUAAAUAUUUAUAUACUACUGACCAGAUGUGGGGGAAACUGUUUUUUGUAAAAACGUCAUAUCAAGUCACAUAAAUCUGCCUUUAUGAUGUUGCAUAAGUGAAACUUAGAGAAUUAAAAGCAGUUAUCUUUCCGACGUA